UCAUUCUGUACCUUUUUAUUCCACUUCCCCUUUUCCUGCUUCUGUCCCAUCUGCCCUCACUUCUGGCUACGUCUCUUUUCUUCUCUCUGUUCCUCUCUGCUUUAUAGAUCUAUCAACGAGGUACCUGGCACACAGGCUGCUUAAGAAAUCCACUGGUUGGGCUGUGGUGGCACAUGCCUUUAAGAAAUCCACUAGUAUACAAAUGGGGUCUGGGUGGCCAUGGGUGCUUAUACAUGUGCAUGUGUGGGGGUCACAUGAAGGUGGGAAGCAAGAAUAAGAGCAGGCGAGUGAAUGUGUACAAACAGGUAAGUGCUUGUGUGGGGGUCAGGCUCCAGGGAUGUAUAUAUGUGAUGUGUGGAUGGCUGAGUGUCAGGGUAAGACUCUGGUCUGAAUGUGCCUGAAUCUUCACACAGGCAAGUGCUUGAAUCAGUCAAGUGACUCGGAGUGUGUGUGUGUGAGUGUGUGUGUGUACAUGUGUGUAUGUGCCACCAGAGGAAGCAGCAGCAGCAAGAGGCAGGAGCUUCGAUCGGAAGGAGACAACGUGGGGAGGGGGACGCUGGGGGCAGACACCCUCCUUCCUGCGCGCACACGUGCGCGUGCACACACACACACAGCAUAGUCACACACACACACACACACACACACACACACACACACACACACACACACAUACACACAAGCCACAAGGCCUCGCAAGCAGGGAGCGGAGCCGGCUCCGGGAUCCGAGCGAGGCAGCUCUUCUGAGAGCGGCGGGAGGAGGCGAGCCAGCGGGGGGAGCCCUCGGUUCCGCUCCCGGGCCGGGGGCCCCCCGCGCACACCGGCCCAGAGACACCCUCGCAGACACUCGUAGGCGCGCACGCGCACCCUUUCCCCUCCUCCUCCCCUCCCGCCGCCUCCCGGCCGGACGAUGGAUCCCUGCAGACCCCGGGGCUGAGAGCACCGCGCAGCGCCAGCGCGCCGAGCCCGGGGCGGACCGAGGCGAGCGAGCAAGCGCGCGCGGGCGGCGGACCGAGGCGAACCGAGCCGGCCGGGCGGGCGGGCCGCUCCCUGCAGGGCUCUACGCGGGUGCCGCGGCGGCCGGCGGCUCGGGCUCCGGGCCAUGAGCCCCUCCGCGGCGCGGCGCUGAGCCCACGGACGGCCUCGCGCCCCAGGACCUGCAGCGGCGGCCGGCUUCCUCCAGCCUCUCAGGAACUGACACCUCAAGCCUCUAUGUUUGAAUGACUGUCAUUUUGGAUGGUCCCUCGGUCGAGCCACCUUUGGAGCCUUCGUGUCAGGAUCCCCUUGGCAAGGAUGGAACUGAAGACCGAGGAGGAGGAAGUGGGUGGUGUCCAGCCGGUGAGCAUCCAGGCUUUCGCCAGCAGCUCCACGCUACAUGGUCUUGCCCACAUCUUCUCUUACGAGCGGCUGUCUCUGAAGCGGGCCCUGUGGGCCCUGUGCUUCCUGGGUUCCCUGGCUGUCCUACUGUGUGUGUGCACUGAGCGUGUGCAGUACUACUUCUGCUACCACCAUGUCACCAAGCUCGACGAAGUGGCUGCCUCCCAGCUCACCUUCCCUGCCGUCACGUUGUGCAAUCUCAAUGAGUUUCGCUUUAGCCAAGUCUCCAAGAAUGACCUGUAUCAUGCUGGGGAACUGCUGGCCCUGCUCAACAACAGGUAUGAGAUACCGGACACACAGAUGGCUGACGAAAAGCAGCUAGAGAUAUUGCAGGAUAAGGCCAACUUCCGUAGCUUCAAGCCCAAGCCCUUCAACAUGCGUGAGUUCUACGACAGAGCAGGGCACGACAUUCGAGACAUGCUGCUCUCCUGCCACUUCCGAGGGGAGGCCUGCAGUGCUGAAGACUUCAAAGUGGUCUUCACGAGGUAUGGGAAGUGUUACACAUUCAACUCGGGCCAAGAUGGGCGGCCACGGCUGAAGACCAUGAAAGGUGGGACUGGCAACGGCCUGGAGAUCAUGCUGGACAUUCAGCAAGAUGAAUAUUUGCCUGUGUGGGGAGAGACUGACGAGACGUCCUUCGAAGCAGGCAUCAAAGUGCAGAUCCACAGUCAGGAUGAACCUCCUUUUAUCGACCAGCUGGGCUUUGGCGUGGCCCCAGGCUUCCAGACAUUUGUGUCUUGCCAGGAGCAGAGGCAGCUCAUCUACCUGCCCUCACCCUGGGGCACCUGCAAUGCCGUGACCAUGGACUCAGAUUUCUUCGACUCCUACAGCAUCACUGCCUGCCGGAUAGAUUGUGAGACGCGUUACCUGGUAGAAAACUGCAACUGCCGAAUGGUGCACAUGCCAGGGGAUGCCCCAUACUGCACUCCAGAGCAGUACAAGGAGUGUGCAGAUCCUGCCCUGGACUUCCUAGUGGAGAAAGACCAGGAAUACUGCGUAUGUGAGAUGCCCUGCAAUCUGACACGCUACGGCAAGGAGCUGUCCAUGGUCAAGAUUCCCAGCAAAGCCUCAGCGAAGUACCUGGCCAAGAAGUUCAACAAAUCUGAACAGUACAUAGGGGAGAACAUUCUGGUGCUGGACAUUUUCUUUGAAGUCCUCAACUAUGAGACCAUCGAGCAGAAAAAGGCCUAUGAGAUCGCAGGGCUCUUGGGUGACAUCGGGGGCCAGAUGGGAUUGUUCAUCGGGGCCAGCAUCCUCACAGUGCUGGAACUCUUUGACUAUGCCUAUGAGGUCAUUAAGCACCGGCUGUGUAGACGUGGGAAAUGCCAGAAGGAGGCUAAGAGGAGCAGCGCAGAUAAGGGCGUGGCGCUCAGUCUGGAUGACGUCAAAAGACACAACCCCUGCGAGAGCCUCCGAGGACAUCCUGCCGGGAUGACGUACGCUGCCAACAUCCUACCUCACCAUCCCGGAACUCGAGGCACAUUUGAGGACUUUACCUGCUGAGCUCUCGCAGGCCGCUGUACCAAAGGCCUAGGUGGGGAGAGCUGGGGAAGCAAGGGGCCCCUAACUGCCCCCAGCGACCCUGGGGACUUAACUGCGUUCCUAGGCAGGGGUUCCCUCUUGACUGCGGUGAGAAAGGAGUCUUUACCACAGUGUCCUCUCCCAGCCUUUAUCUCAUCUUUUUAUUUUAACGAAAUUCAACUAAUAUAAAGAGAGAGAGAUCGGCCGCGACCUCAGGCUGCCCCUCCGCUCCAUGCUGCCUCCCUCAGCUCCAAGCCUGAAUUCUGUCUGACUGGCUGUCUGUCAUCUGAGUGUCCACCUACAUCCCGCUGCCUCCAGUCACCAAAGCCCCCUCCUACUGAGGGGUGGAGGGAAUCUCUAGGGUCUGAAAUUUGGCCCCAAACCAGAGAAUGUACCUUAAGGGAGAGGGCUGGUGAGGGGGCUUCCCUAGCCUUAAGAGAUGCUCUCAGCCAGGUGACUCCCCAUGAGCCCAAGUCUCCAGGUAAGGACUCCAUGCCAGCUCUGUUCCCUCAAGCAUACGAAAUCUUUACGGGGCAGAGAAUAUCCUGAAGAAGUAGAGAUGGGGACUCCGUGUGGCCCUGGUGCUGUAGGCCACAUCCUGGUAUCUGUAAGUCACCUCCACCCCAAAGCUGCUGGAGAGAAAUCCCAAGAGGCAGCCCCUCUGUGACAUCCCCUAGAAGACCUGGCUGGUUAGCUCCCAGCUCAGGGAGAGGGGCACAGCCGCCUGACCUCACUGGCUUCUCUCUCAGAGGCCUUUGCAGAGGGCCACAUCCAUAAAUUUUCUUAUGGAACAAUCCCAAGCCCUUCUCCCUGACUUCAUUCGCUUCUCUCGGCAACCUCAUCUGCAUUUUCUAUUUCUAUAUGAUACAGACUCUAUAUUACUAUAACCUUGUAUAUACUCCCCUCCGGCCCCGUUUGUCUCUGCUCUACUCCCUCUUGUCUCUGAUAACCACCCUCCCACCCCAAGUUCUCCCUCCUGUCUCCUCCCCAACCCCAUUCUCCUGUCUCUGAAUGCCUUUGCCUGUAUAAAGAGUUGGUUCUUCCCUGGUGUCUGUACUGUGUACACACAUCCCUCUGAGAAGCACAAGGAGAUGACACGCGCAUUGUAACCUUCGCACUGUCUUGGUGGCGACAUAAAGGAAGCUGUGAAUUACAAGCUCUGCCUCUUUCUGGCCUCGCCCAAUACCGGGGCACCCUCUGCCCUCCCCACAGCCUUAACAUAACUCCUUGCUCCACUUAUCCCAGUGCCCUUUGCCUGGCUGACUGUGGCCUCCCCGAGGGAAGGGAUUGCUGGAGAGGUAGCUCUUACCCUAGAAUGGAGGACAUUAUGCUAUGCUGGAAACUAAGCCAAGAGAGUUACAGACAGGGGGAGCUGGGGCUUGGUGACUCACUCUUGCAGCUGAGCAGUGGGUACCAGCAGCCGGAAGCAGAAGCGCUCAAUCAGUGGCCUUUCUUUCCUCGGGGUGUCCAGUGCCCUGUCCUCAUGUUGAUGCCCAGGCCCACCUCUUGCAUUUUCUGGUGAGGCAGGGCUUGGUCAUGUGAAGAAAGAUAUGGGCCUAGAGCAGAAGUUGAAAGCCCUGCUAUUGUGUGUCCCUACCAUAAGAGGCCACAAGUUGAGGAUGAGGGCCUCCCCACCCCCACCAGGCCCCCUUCCCAGGCCAGAGCUCCCGAUCCCUUUCCAAGCCUUCUCUGUCCCCACUGUCUCUUGGUCUCUAAUCCCAAAACAGGACUUAUGGGCAGAUCACCUGUAUGCGUUGGCCUGGAGCCAGAGAGUGAGGCUAUAGAAUCUUUGAGACCUCUUGGUUCCCAAGAGUUGUUUAGCGAUCAGAACUCCCCGGAAGGAAACCGGGCAAAGCUGAGAAAUGUGCACUGGCUGGAGGGGGGGCAGCAGGAGGGGCUCUGGGUGACGCAUGCCUCUGGUCUAAUAAACUGGGUUUCAACCACC